UGUUGAGACGUGCUGCAAACAUUCUGUCAUAUCGGUCCAACUACCAUGACCUUGCCAUGUUGAGCGAUAGCACUUUCGCUCGUUGAGAAUCAAUUCUGAUAGUAUAGACCACUUCGUUUCCGUGGCCUUCGAAAAGUGAUCCAAUCAAUCAUCAAUUUGCACAUCGUUCAUAAAAACAGAAACUUGCAGGAAAAAGAAUAGAAAAAUCGAAAGCAAAUCCUCAAACCAUUUUCCUCCCCCUUCUUCUCCCGCGACGGACCUCAGUAGAACAGUAACAUCUUAGAAUUUGCGCAUCUUACACCGAAUUGACGGAUCCUUUGAGGAGGUUUUUAGACGAACACAAAAUCCGGGACUCGUGCGCAUCGUGGAAACAAGAGUCCGUCGAAGUGUAUCAAUUGCCGACUGUAUUUCAGUUUAUCAUAUGAUAGUUUUUUCAUAGCACGAAAAAAAAUGAUGCAAUACGUGAGAGAGAGAUAUUUGAAUGCAAGUGGGGGGCGGUGCAGUUCUCCCUGGGCUCAGCCUGUAAAGGUAGUGACGAUCCUCGCAAAGCGUUUGACAUCUGUUGAGGGUUCUCCACCUGAUCCUGAACUCGAAGGGUGGAUGCGUCAUGCACUUUUUGGGAAAGUAGAAUACAACGAUAUUCACCUCACUCCGGACGAGCUGCAGAGGAUACUCUUAUGAGCUGGAUACGAGUCUUUUACACAUACUUGUCCUGACGUUGUUCCUUUUUAUUCGAAGUGAUAGUGCAUGAAAGUACGCGUAGAGCGUGAUGAUGGUCGCCGAAGCCAUAGAUUGAUGAGAUUCGUCUGCGUCUGGUUGUAACUACUCUAACAUCUUCCCCAGAGAUGACGCAGCCUUUGGAAGGGAUCACCGGUGUACGACUGUGGGUCGAUCGUCGAGGAGACCGUUAUGAGCUCACAAUCUGUAUCUUCUGUAGUGACCACAUGCAAUAUUUCUGGGUUUUUUCAGCCUUCCAGAAUGACGACUUCCUAUGUCUAUCCGAGUCUGCUUCCGUUUUAGCGAUAUUGUUCCUCAAAGAUAUUACACCUGACUACGUGUGUCCCCCGCAUUGUUUCACACGGCUAUCAUUUAAACCCGGAGAGCGCGCUUUUGGAGAAGCAGAUUAUGGCUGACGUGGCUUUGACUGGCCUGGCCCAAAGUGAUGCCACAGUUACUAGGUGGUGCAACGGAUACCCGCUCGCUGCCUUUCUCUACUACCGGGAUGUGGAGGCGAAUGACGAGGCCGGGAAUGUCGUGGCCCAACCGGAGCGGAAGACGGUGUUGGUGAGCAAAAGUGCCAAAGAUGAUGGGCGAGAAGUUGGUACUUUGUUCUUUCUUUCAACAUGUGUGGACCAGAACUAAGCAAAAUUGUUAACGGGCGGAAGCAAUUCUUACAGAAAAACAGAAGAUAUCACGCAAAAAACAGAUUUUAUCUCUCUAAAAGAAGCGAGAUCAGAUGUCAUCUCUUUCAAACAGAAUUCUUCCGCUAAUCAACUCAGGCAUAGUAACCAUGUGUACGGAGGAUGACGUCAGUCGCGCCGUCCCCAAGGUUGCUGCGAAGGUCUUGCCAGGGUAUCUGCAGAGGAACUGGCUUCACCGCACACCAGGAAAAACGGGGCCGCCGGUGUUAGAGUGGAGACCGAUUGAGCCUGAAGAAGAAUUCGCCCAAAAGUUCUACUUAUGUCUUUGUUGGUUGUGAAGUUUCUCUCCACUGAUUAAGUUGCUAUCGGAUGACGUCACCACACACACGACGCGGACUGGCCGCGCUGAGUGUUAGAUAGCUAUAGAGGUUCCAGACCUUUCAUCAGUUCCGCGACUUUUUUUAUCAAAAGACAAAAGUCGAAUUUUUGAUAGGUUUCGAAAGGGGUCGCUAGAUGUUAUGACGCGGCGCCGGGAAGCUGCAGAAAUUUACUCUCAGCCUCUAAUCUGACGCGCCAUCCAAGAGGAUGGGGAGAUAGGCUGCACCAUGCCGGCAACGUGGCAGAGGGACCCGAUAUUCAAGAUGACCGAAGACAGCUCGAGUAACUACUUCUCUCUCAAGCUCCAGCGGCGCGUGCUGAUCGGCGAGAAAGAAACAACAGGAGUGUGCUACGAUUUGAUGGCCGAUUACUCGUGCAGCAAGGAUGGCACAAUCCUACUGGAAUUGCGUCCAGCUACUGCCCCUCACGGCCAGACCGUCGCUCUGCCGCAAGGUAUACUCUCUCCUUCUUGGCAAUUAUUCUGACAAUUCGUAUCAAAUAAGUCCGCUUUUCUUUCUCCGCUAGCGCGCGUUGUACUCGCAGCGGACUAAUUUUCGCAGGCCUUCCACCGUUCAAAGCAGAGAGCGUCAUCGCUAGGACCCAGGCAUUGGAAGCAGAAAGAGACCCCCUUUUUAUCCCUCAGCGAAGUUCAUAAAAUCACUACUCAGGUAACCGAGAGGAAGAUUUUUGUUGGCAAGAGCGUACCCCCGCAACGUCUGCUCUUGAAUUGCCGAGGGCUUCUCUGCGGAAAACGGCGACCUCCGCCACAAGUAGCACGUACGAUUACCCCUCUACCGUGGUCCCCUGUGGGCUUUUCGCUGUUCUUGUGGUCGCCGUGCUGUGCCUCCUCCUCCGUGCCGCUCUGCGCCGUGCUCGCCCGACCGAGGCCGCGAAAUCCUUGCGGGCUUUAAUUAUGGCAAUCCCCCACUCGCUCAUACGCAAGCGAGAACAAAGAAACGUAGCAAAAUAGCAUUGGGCGUGGCCAAGUCUGCCCACUUUGUUCACAGUCUCAGCUAAGCUCCUCAGAGACACAUGCUGGAGAGUCACUCAUCCUCUCUUUCUUCUAAUGGCGACAACAAGAUCGACGCAGAGGCGGGAGAGGAGGGCGAAGUCUUUUACGGCGCGGCCAGAAUGGACCGAGUAGAUCUUAGGGUGUAGUUCGGAAGUAGGGUAGUAGGAGUAGCGGCAGGAGGUCUGCAUAGAAGAGAUCGCUUUGGUGUUUCUUGUAGUAAGGGUAGACUGCGGGCCCUGUUAGAUAAAGAGCCGCCAUAGAUAGAGAAAAGAAGGCUCGGGAACUCAUGGCGAUUCUCUAUUUUUCUUGUUUGGUGUACUGAUGUUGCGUUAUUGGAUUCGGACACGAAGGUGGCAUAUUUGAGCCGACCAAUCUCAUCACCAGGACCAUUAUCUAUCGCCGGACUAUUGUAUAGGAGAGCCAUGGGCCUUCGUACUUGACGUAGCGCCAUACAGUUUGUCUUCGAAGAUGACGUGGCGAUGCACUAUGAUGUAGAGCGGACUUUUGGAACAAAAUAUAGAGCGACUGGGUAUGCUACUAACUGAAUUGAUACUAGACACAGAAGCUUGCUGAUUGAUUUGGAAAACAUGCGCAGACAUUUCUCGUACACUAUUAGAGAAUCGUUUCUAAAAAUAAUUUAUAAACCAGUAAAAAAGUGACUAUCGUAAUCUUUCUCAUGUACAAAAAAACUUGGGUAGUCGCCACUUUCUGCCAGCGACACUAGAUUCUCUGCAUUCGUCGCAUAGAACUGCAUAAAACUACAGAGAGACACUUGGCUUGAAAUGCAUACGAUUGGUUGACUUGCUAGUAUUGUAGUGCUCAGCUAGUGCUUGGUUGAGAAGAUUCAUCUGAGAUGCGCACAUGGCGUAGUACUUCCCCUUCGUAUGUAAUUAGAAAUGUGUGUUGGUAAUGGUUGGGAGAGAACGUUGUGGCCAGUGGUAGAAGAUGACCACCAAAAAACGCUGGAUGAUGAUAUGAGUGAACCGCCCUUCCGGCGGUCCUUCACAGAAAUAUGUACAGUGUGCAUUGAAUAGAGGGCGCCAAGACUUCAUGGACUUAGAGUUUGGGUUUGUUUUACGGAAGACCUUCAGGGCUAUGAUGAAGAUGGCGUGGCAGUAGGUCGUAGUGGUCGAAGACUUUGGCGCUGGAGAGCUUCUGUAAUGAGUGUGUUCGGAC